AUGGAGGAGUCCCCGGACGUGUCGGCCCCGGGCCCCGGUGGGGGCUCUUUCUGUAAAGAGCACCGGGAGAAGAUCUAUUUCUUCUGUGAGGACGAUGGGAAGUUCCUAUGUGUGUUCUGCAGAGAGGGGCAGGAACACAGGACUCACAGAGUGGACCUCUUGGACCAGAUCGCUCAUCCCUACAAGACCCAGCUGGACGGCAAGCGUCGGCAGCUGGACGCCGCGUUUGAGCGGCUGCGGGGGAUCCUGGAGGGGCAGCAGCGUCUUCUGCGGGCCCAGUUGGAGAAGCUGGACCAGGCUAUCCGGGAGGAACGGGAGGGCUACCUGGCCCGGAUCUCUGAGGAGCUUGCCCGGCUCAGGGUCCUGAUCGUGGAACUGGACCUCAAGUGCCAGCAGCCGGCCAGCGGGCUUCUAAAGGAUAUCAGAGGCACCCUAAACAGAUGUGAGCUGGGCACCUUUGUGAGUCCGGAGGCCAUCUCGGCCGACCUGGCGGAGCAGAUCCGCGAAUUCUACCGCAAAACGCUCUCCCUUCCGGAGUCGAUGGAGAAAUUCUCAGGAAAUUUGCCAUUUCUUUCGGAAAACUUGGCAGAGAGCGUGACCCUGGACCCCAAGACCUUCAGCGGGAACGUAGUCCUGUCGGCCGACCGGAAAUCCAUGAGUUUCACCAAGGUGAAGCAGGACCUGCCCGACGGCCCCGAGCGUUUCGACCAGUUCCCCGGCGCGCUGGGCUGCCGGGGCUUCUCCUCGGGGACCCACACCUGGGAGGCUGAGGUGGGCCUGGGGCCCAUGGGGGCCUGCAUCGUGGGCGUGGCCGAUGAGGCCGGAAAGCGCAAGGGAGACGUCAGCCUGAAGCCCGAGGAGGGCUUCUGGGCGCUGGGCAUCUCCUCCGACCGCUGCUGGGCUACCACCAGCCCCUCGUCCGACCUGGCCCUGAGCGACACCCCCAAGAGGGUGAGGGUCACCUUGGACUGUGACCGGGGACAGAUGACCCUCUCCAAUGCCGAGACCCAGGCCCCCAUCUUCACUGUCCCCGUGCCUGGCGCCCGCACGCUCUUCCCAUUCUUCGGCGUCUGGGAAAGAGGCUCCUGGCUCACCCUGAGUCCCUGA